AUGGAGUUAAAUCAAAGCAAGUGUGGAGUGCUACAUCUUACAAGAUCUCAUGAACCAACCAUCACACAGUAUAUGGUGCUUGUUACCCCAGUUAUCCGACCUAACAGUCAGAAAGAUCUGGGUAUAUCUAUAACUGGUGACCUCAAAUGGAACAAGCAAGUGCAGGAGAUUUCGUCGAAGGCCAACAAGAUGCUGGGUUUCGUGAAGCGAACAACGUACGUGAUUGGUAACCAAUCGGUCCGCAAGGCACUCUACCUGACUUUGGUUCGCAGUCAACUGGCGUAUGGUUGUCAAGUGUGGGCACCCCAGACGGUCAGCAACAUUCUAACCAUCGAAUGUGUUCAGCGCCGUGCCACCAAGUUCAUCCUAUCUCUGCCAUACCAAACAGAUAUCUCGUUUAAAGAAAGAUUGCAGAUCCUUAGCAUCAUCCCUCUAUGUCACUGGCAAGAAUAUUUAGACAUCAUUUAUAUCUAUACAAGUCUCAUAAAUGACUCUGACAGUAAUAUCUCGGUCAACGUUUCAACACGAGAAACAAGAAGAGCAAGUAAUGGAACUUUCCUAACUGUGAGAAAGUGCAGAACUGUCAACUACCAGAACCGUUUUCAUACAAGAGCCGCAAGCGUGUGGAACACUCUUCCUCGUUAUAUUAGAGACACAACUAAGUCUAUAGGAUCAUUCAAAACAUUACUACGCAAGCACUAUAAAGAUCUAACGGACAGUGUUUUCAACCCCGAUGACCCGAGAACUCUUAAGUCAGUUUGUGUGAAAUGUCACACAAGUCGUCCUUUAUGGAACUUAUUAUCUAGACCAUGUUGUUAG